AUGGCACGACUACCGAACUGGGUGGCGAUCAAGCUCAUCUUUGAUCCCGUUGAGCCAACGAAGGUUGGGCCCUUCGUCUUCCAAGGCCUUUUCGAGAAGCGUCAGGUGGAGGUUUCAGAGGAGUUCUCCGAAUUCUUGGCGGCGCGCGUUCUUACCUCCCAACGGCUGAUUGACGAAAUAGCAAAUGGGAGGAACAAGGAGAAGUAUCAGGCGCUGGUGCGAAAAUCGGUACCAGCGAUUGUGCCAGAUCAUGUCGUAGCUGCAGCCGCCGGAGCUUUGAACAAGGUGGCACUAGAGCCUGCGACGCAUCCGGUGCACACCUAUGUGGAUAGCACUCUGCAGCUGCAAGACACGCUCUUCAAGCGUCUUUGCAUGCUAAGCGCGCCCGAGUUCGAGAAUCUCUUACACCCGGUGUUCCAAGAGGACGAGCUCACCCUCAUCGUCGCCGGUGGCGUCUUGGGAGCGGCGGCGGGGUUCCUUCAGAUGACACUCGGGUGGGGCGGCCCAUCUGCAGAGGGAGCCGUGGCCGUUGCACUGCGCCUCACCGCCGGAGCAGGCGCUGGGGCAGCGGCGACCAAGGCUGCCUUGCUGCUGCCUCCGGCCCUACUCCGACACUCAGCGAGGUCGCUGCAAAACGCAGUGAGGCGGACUGCCAGUGCCCUGAGUGGGUGGCGGUGGAGAAGAAGGCGCUUUUGGCCCGCUGCAAGCGGCUGA